AUGAGGUCCAGGGAUCUCCUGAACUCUUCCUAUAACCCAACUUUGACGAUGCCUGUGACCUCUGUAACCGUCUCCGAGGAUAACCAGAAGAAACUCGAUGAGCUCAUUAGCCGUGUGCCCGAGCUUUUGUUGACGCUUGACGACCCGCAGUACGACGAGAUCUUCGGAUAUAGAAUUAACUCCGACGACAAGGAAUACGUAGAUGUUGACGUUAGAGACGAAAUCUUGUACAAGUUCUUGGUUGCCAGUGAAUAUGUGGUUGACACCGCGGCUGACCGGAUUGUGGCCACGUUGAAUUGGAGAAACAAAUUCAAUCCGUUGAGUGCCGCGUACGUUGAGAAGUUUGGACUGGAAUUGGACCUGUUGGGGGUUAUCACCAACUUUAAACGUGACCAGCUGGGACUCUCGGUGGUGACGUGGAACUUGUAUGGCAACAUAAAGUCCCCCAAGAAGAUAUUUGAACAAUACGGUGAUGAUGAAGGUGAGGACACUGGUAGUCCAUUCCUUCGUUGGAGAAUUGGUCUUAUGGAGAGAAGUCUCCUGUUUUUAAAAUUCACUGAGGAAGAAAACAAUCGAGCCGCGCAAGUUCAUGACUACAACAACGUUUCCAUGUUCCGGAUGGACCCCGGGAUGAAGGUUGCGACCAAGCAGAUCAUCUCGUUGUUCGGGGACCAUUACCCGGAGCUUCUCUCGGUGAAGUUCUUCAUCAAUGUGCCGAUUUUGAUGAGUUGGAUGUUUGCCGCGGUCAAGGCGUUGGGGGUUGUUAGUGCAGACACUGCGAAGAAAUUCCAAGUGAUGAAUGGUGGCGAUUUGAUCGAUUGGCUUGGUGUACAAUUACCGGUGGCAUACGGUGGGACUUCUGCGGGGGAGUUGAAGGAAUUGGAAGCCGAUGUGAAGACUGUAGGGAUCCCUGAAUAUGCACAGCAGAUUUUGGGAAGGGCUGUGGAAGAGAAUAACUUGACGGUAGAGUAA